AUGAAUGAUCCGGUCGAUGCCCUACUUGCACUCUCAACCACUGCAGCGGCCAUUGCAGAGACCAACGGAAGAGCUAUACAGGAAGAUGAUCGGUCUAGCAGUUUGAGCGAACUAGAAGAUGCGCCUGAUCCUAUGGACAUUGAGGACGACAUUGAAGAAGAUGACAACGACGGCCCAGAGCCUGACUCGGACGAGGAGGACGAAGAUGAGCAGGAUCAGCGCGACAACAUUCUACUUCAAGCUACGGAUAAUAUCCCAGAUGGUGACUCGGAAGCUGAGACAGAACGACUCGAGGACUCCCCAGACAAAAUCAAGAGAACAGGUACAUUCCAAGUCUCACCUAGCAAGCUAGCCCAGUCCAUGAACGCUUCCGACGAUAUUCGCCCAGAGAUAGAAGAGCUCACAAACAGCGAGGCUUCAUCUCCAAUAACUCCAGUCGAGCACUCACCUGGAGAUGAUCUGAGCGAAGCGGAGGAUUUGGACGAGCUACAAAAUCCUCUCAACCUGCUUUCGCAAGCCGCAACUGUAUCCAACAAGAGAAAGAGAUUGAGCGAUGUCAUGGAUAUCACCACGGAAGAAAGGCCCCGCAAGAGGAGGACUGAUUCUCUCAGCGACGUCGAAGAUGAGUCCGAACCCGAGAGCGAACCCGACAAGCCUGAACCUGCUACGCGAGAACUUACUGUAGACCCAGAUGACCUGGAAGCUCAAGACCAAGAAGUGGAAGAAGCUGGACCGGAACAAGCUGAAGCUAGCGACGAUUCCAAGUCAAAGAAGAAGGAGAAACAUACCAGAUCGAGGAGUAGGAGAGGCAAGGAUCCUGCCGAAGAACCAGAAGACAACGACAACGAAGCCGAACUGAGUGACGAUGACGCCGAGGCUGAAGAGCAAGAAAUCACUGCUAAGAGCGAGGAAGAACAAGCACAGAAAAACGCUGCCUUGGAGGCCCUGGUUGCGCUCGAGAACCACUUUGCAACACUGCGAGACAAACUGUACGACGAAAAGCUAUUCCAGCUGAACCACGAGUUGAGCCAACUGUCUGCCACAGCUCCCACCCACUCCGAACUACUGAAACAAUUUGAUUGUGUGGACAAGUGGACAGAGGAAAAGCAGGACGUUGAACAGAAGCGUUUGGUUUUCAGGGUAGAAUCAUUGAAACGAGAGAGCGUGGCCAGACGAAGUCAGAUUCAUAGUGCCUAUCUUCAGACGGUACGAGAUAUUCGGGAGCGUCAUAUGGAAAACAUGGCCGAGCAUUUCUAUCGCAUCCAGCGUGAGCGCUUCAGGGCAGCCAAGGUCACUCCUACAUAUACCAUACCUUUCCCAGACAAGAAGAUCGAUCAGGUCAUUCAGCAAACAGCCUACAAUAAGGAAGUUUCCAUCCUGUCUGGAGUCGCGAAAUAUGUCGGGUUUCCCGCUGCGCCAGCACUCGCAGCUACGUCCUCCUCAGAUCUUGACUCCGAUCUGCAAAAGAUGGGUAUAUCCUCCAGGACAGCAGGUGUUCGAAAUGCGGCCACGAACUCACAUCGGCACAACACAUUGGGUGUCUAUCCUGCCACGGGCGCAAUCUCGGCACUCUCUUCUUCCGCAGCUGCAGCCAAUGCUUCAUCAGAACAACAGUUCAUAGAGUCCACCCCGUGGGCAAAUCCCAACCACCCUAUCCAUAGAUUAGGUCGACAGAGUGCGAACAGCAGCCCAUUCGCCAUAGACCGUCAGAACAACAAUCACACAUCGACACCAGCUCAUCAACUCAGGCGAAACAAUUUCACUCCUCAGCCUGUUGGUAGUGCCAGCACGAUAUUGGAGAACGCCUCAGCUCAGCCCACGCCCGGGACGGAUGCGCCCAGCAGUGCCAUGAAGCAUGAAUAUGGCACGAUCCACGCUCAAACGAACGGUAUUGCCACGUCCACAAGCACCAAUGGCGACGUCAACGGCGUCAAUGUCUCACCAAGUGACACUCGUCGUACAAUCAACAAUAUGCUCCAAGCAGGAAGUGCGGCAGCUGCUGCUGCAGGGCAUCAGCCGAACAACACACCUGGAGACGCCAUGUACUUGGGAGUAAACAGCAGUCCACUACUAGCCAGGGCGUCUCUGUUGUCGAAUCUGAAUAGAACGGCUAGUGCAACAGGUAUGAGAGAGAAUAUGCGCAGUCCGUUCAGGACGGACUUGGUGGCAAGUGGCGGGAUGGGGAGGUUUGGGUUUAGAUGA